AUGACCGAACUAUCCUCCGCCCCGGUGCUGUCAACCCCGGCCGAACACCUCUUCGAGCACGCCAGCCCAGAUUCCCAGACCGAGGCCAAGGCGCCGCGAAAAACCGACGACGAGCUCCGCCAAAUCUACGAAGUCGCACGGACGGCGCGAGAACUGCGACUGGGAAAAUGGAAGACAAUAGCCCUACAAUUCCCAGACGCGAUGCUGGUCGACGCGCCGAGGCUAGUCCAGGCGCUCAAGGAUGAGCUGACUGCUCUCCGAAAAGAAGAGGAGGAAUCAUCCGGGCCAAAACAAGACGAGAAGAUAUUCAUCUUGGCCGACACUUCCUACAGCGCGUGCUGUGUCGAUGAAGUAGCGGCUGAACACGCCGAUGCCCAGGUUGUGGUGCACUACGGCCGGUCGUGUCUCUCGCCCACGUCCCGAUUACCUGUUAUCUACGUGUUUACCCAACAUCGGCUCAACCUCGACGAGACGGUCGAAGCUUUCGAGAGGGAAUACCCGGGAAAAGACGCAAAGGUGGUUAUCAUGGCGGAUGUGACGUAUCAAUCCCACGUUCCGGCGGUUGCCUCACGUCUUGUGUCGGAGGGAUACACAAAUAUUUACUCCACGGCCAUCACCCAUGACCCAGCGAACAUCUUGCCCAACCGGAAGAUCGUCUCCCACAACGCCUCCUCCGAUUCUACACCCGAGGGGGAUUCACUAAAAGAAUACUCCCUCUUCCACAUCUCCACCCCCCCAACAGCCCUGCUACUAGCCCUCUCCUCGAGGGUAGGCUCCCUCUACAUCCACGACACGCCCCACUCCCCCUUUCCAUCAUCUAGCUCCCUCUCCGCAAGACGACUCCUCGGCCGGCGGUAUGCGAAGCUAUUAUCUCUGUCAACUGCGGGUAUCAUUGGGAUAUUGGUGAAUACGCUUUCAGUAUCGAACUACUUGUGUUCGGUGGAUGCGCUCAGGAAGAGGAUUGCGGCGGCGAAUAAAAAGAGUUAUACGGUUGUGGUUGGCAAGCUGAAUCCGGCGAAGCUGGCGAAUUUUGCGGAGAUUGAUGGGUGGGUGGUAGUGGGGUGUUGGGAGAGCAGUCUUGUGGAGGAUGAUGCUGGGUUUUUUAGGCCGGUGGUGACGCCGUUUGAGUUGGAGGUUGCGUUGAUGGGGGAUGGGGAGAGGGUUUGGGGGGGGAGUUGGUGGGGGGGGAUUGAGGGGGUGAAGGCGCCGGUUGGUAAGGAUGAAGAAGAGGAGGUGGUGGAGGGGAAGGAAGAGGAGGAUGAUGAUAGUGAAGAGGAGUCUGCGCCGCCAGAGUUUGAUCUUAGGACUGGGAGGCUGAUUAGUACUAGUCGGCCGAUGAGGGUGAGGAAGGUUAAGGAGCAGAGGGAGGGUGCGGAGGUGAAAGAGGGGGCGGCAGAAGAGAACAGGAAUGGGACGAAUGGGGCGCUUGCGUUGAGACCAAAGGCUGAGUUGGCGAUGGUGAAUGGGGUGGUUAGUCCCGGUGCUGAGUUCUUGAGGUCGCAGAGGACGUGGCAGGGGUUGGGGAGUGAUUAUACUGAGGAAGAGAGCACAGCUAUUGAGGAGGGGAGGAGGGGUGUGGCAAGAGGGUAUACGGCUGGGGAUAGUGAGAAGAGGUAG